AUGACUGCUUCAAGUUCAUUAAAUGAUAAAAAGGUUUUGGUUUUGGUUUCGAUGGAAGAAUUUGCUAAAAUCUCUCAAUAUCAUAAAUCACUGAAGGAACCCACUCCAGUUAAUGCUUUUACGGAGUCAUGUCUUAUCACGCAUUCGAAUAAAUGGGUGAUUGAUUCAGGUGUAACAAAUCACAUGAAAAGUAAUCCUAAUGUAUUUUCUAGCUUUCAAUCUCACAAAGCAUCCUCUUCGGUUGCUGUAGCUGAUGGAUCAACUUGCAACAAUGUUGGAUAUGGGAUUGUUAAACCAACCUCAUCUAUUACCCUGUCAUUUGUAUUAAGUCUACCAAAGUUUGCCUUUAUUUUGAUUUAUGUUAGCAAAGUUGCAGAGACCUUAAUUGCUAUAUAUCUUUCUUUUCCUGAUCAUUAUUUGGUUCGUGAUCUUACAACAAAUCAGGUUAUUGGUAAAGGACAUGUAUCUGAUGAUCUCUAUAUCCUUGAUGAAUGGGAGUCUCAGUCUGUUGCCUUCUCAAGUGUCUCUUCAUGUGUUGAUACACCCUCUCAAAAUGGAGUUGUUGAGAGGAAGAAUAGACAUUUACUUGAGACAGCUCGGGCACUUUUAUUCCAGAUGAAGGUUCCUAAACUAUUUUGGGCAGAUGCAGUCUCUACAUCCUGCUUUCUGAUUAAUCGCAUGCCAUCUACCGUGCUUGUUGGUAAUACACCUUAUAAUGUUCUUUUUCCUAAUAAGUCACUAUAUCCAGUGGAACCGAAGGUGUUUAGAAGCAUAUGUUAUGUUCGAGAUGUUCGACCAUCUGUUACCAAGUUAGAUCCUAAGGCAUUGAAAUGUGUUUUUCUAGGUUAUUCUCGCCUUCAGAAAGGGUAUCGGUGCUAUUCUACUGAACUUGGCAAAUAUCUUCUAUCAAUUGAUGUGGUAUUUUCAGAGACUACACCAUUUUUUUAUGCACCUCCUACUUCUAUAAGUCAGGGGGAGGAGGUUGAUGCACCCGUUCGGUCACCUGAUCCUUCAAAAAAGCUUGACCUUCCUAUUGCUCUUCACAAAGGAGCACGCACGUGCAAAUCCACAUAUUCUAUUGCUAAUUUUGUUUCCUAUGACCACUUAUCCUCCACGUCUAGAUCUUUGAUUGCCUCUCUAGACUCCAUCUCUAUACCCAAAACAGUGAAGGAGGCUUUGAACCAUCCAGGAUGA